AUGGAUCGUGAGAGUCGUUUCAUAUACUUUUAUUUUUGGAUAUUUGGUCUCAUAAAUAACGUCCUAUAUGUGGUCAUUUUAUCUGCAGCUGCCGAUAUAGUGGGUCCUAAUUUACCCAAAUCAUUAGUUCUGCUAGCUGAUAUCUUGCCUGCGUUUCUGAUCAAAUUGGUUGCACCGUUCUUCAUUCAUAAGAUUGGAUAUAGACAUAGAGUAUGGUCAUUGAUUCUCUUAAGUUGUUUGGGAAUGUUUUUAGUUUCUUUUAGAAAAUUAUCAAUAUGUUUAACUGGUAUUGUAUUGGCAUCAUUAUCAUCAGGCUUUGGUGAAGUUACAUUUCUGCAAUUGACUCAUAUUUAUAAACAAACGGGACUAAACGGUUGGUCCUCUGGAACUGGUGGUGCAGGGCUUGCUGGUAGUGGUGUUUACAUGCUAUUCACUUCUGUUUUAAAGGUUCCAGUAAGGAUAUCGUUGCUAGUCUUCAGCGUUUUACCAUUUGGGUUUCUACUAUAUUUCAAAUUGGACCACAGCAAACAUGAUCAUGUCAAUGAAAAUGAUGAUUAUCAACCAUUUCUCAAUUUCGAAGAGAUGAACCCUGAUGAAGAACCUGCAUCACAAGGCGUCUAUUCAAUGGCUAAAAGGAAUACGACUUCUAAAUUCGCUCACCAUUUCGUCAAAACUUGUUCUAGAUUGAAUAAAUUAAUUCUUCCAUUCAUGUUGCCGCUUACUACGGUCUACCUGUUCGAAUAUUUGAUAAACCAAGCAGUAUCGCCAACCAUGUUAUUCCCAUUGGAUCAAAAGGGUAUGCCCUUUUUUUUUCAUAAAUACAGAGACAUCUAUGUGACCUAUGGAACUUUGUACCAAUUAGGUGUUUUCAUCUCUAGAUCUACAGCUUCAUGGUUCCGUAUGAGAAAACUAUAUUUCUUGUCCGUACUACAGGGGAUAAAUUUCGUGUUGACAAUUUUCCAAUCAUGGGAUUACAUAUUGAAAACACCAUGGCCCAUUAUGGCGUUAAUAUUUUAUGAAGGUUUCCUUGGUGGUGCCUCUUACGUGAACACUUUUCUAAACAUUUUAGAAAAAUUACCACCCGAAGAGAGAGAAUUUGGAUUGGGCUCAGUUUCUAUUGCUGACUCAUUUGGUGUUUUAAUUGCUGCUGUUAUUGGACUGGCUCUCGAACCAGCUCUAUGUAAACACCAAGUUGCAGACAACAGACCCUGGUGUACUCUAGAGUAG